UUCGCUGAAGUCAUUCCCGACGGUGACCGUUGAUCCUGAGUCAUGUCUGGACGUGGCAAACAAGGCGGCAAAGCUCGCGCCAAGGCCAAGACUCGCUCUUCGCGGGCCGGUCUCCAGUUCCCCGUGGGCCGAGUGCACCGUCUUCUUCGGAAAGGUAACUACGCCGAGCGGGUCGGGGCUGGGGCCCCGGUGUACCUGGCGGCGGUGCUGGAGUACCUGACGGCCGAGAUCCUGGAGCUGGCGGGCAACGCGGCCCGGGAUAACAAGAAGACGCGCAUCAUCCCGCGCCACCUGCAGCUGGCCAUCCGCAACGACGAGGAGCUCAACAAGCUGCUGGGCAAAGUCACCAUCGCUCAGGGCGGUGUCCUGCCCAACAUCCAAGCGGUGCUGCUGCCUAAGAAGACUGAGAGCCACCACAAGGCCAAAGGCAAAUAGAAAUCUGCGUUACUUUGCAGCAGUUCAAAAGUCUGAAUCAAACCAAAGGCUCUUUUCAGAGCCACUUAAAA